CACCCAUCGUCAUACAGCAGUCUUUCUUUCCUAUUUGGUUUUGUAAGCGCUUAGUAGCGAUUUAGCGAAUUCUGUUGUUACUGUUAAAAACUGAGAAUGUUUAUAUUGCUGUACCGUUCUUUUAUUUUUUGUUAUAAAUAUGGACUGAAUUUCUAAAGUGGUGUUAUUUGUAAACUAUUUGUGUAGUGAAAUUCAUUAUCGUAUAACAAGGACAAAAACAUCUUCGUAGUGCAGCUCAAAAUGGCUGCUCCCAAUAAACCAUUGAAAUUCGACAAAAUAUGUCGUGCUUGUUUGGAGAUAAAAAAGGACAUGAGACCCCUGUUUGAGCAACUCACGGCUACAAUGUUGAUGGGUAUAACGAAAGUGCAGGUGGCAGUUGGAGAUGGUCUACCUGCACAGCUGUGUCUGCAGUGUGUGCACCAGAUAUCACGGUGCCACGCUUAUAAGGACCUCGUGGAGAGAAAUGACAUCGUUCUGCGGGAACACGCCGCACGUAUGGCGGAAGAAGCUUUCAAAAGAGAGAGGGAAGAGAAAGAGAAGUUGUUGACGUUGAACUGCCAGGAGAACUAUAUGCAAUACAUGGAGGUGCCGCUGUCGAACCCCAACCAGAUCCUGGAAGGAUUCUUUGGCGCAACACCAGAACAAACGCCGACAAAUGCCUCCGAGCAGGAGACGAAAAUCGAAUUCGAAGUGGAAAAGAUAGAACCAAAUCAGCCUGAGAGUGAGAAUCAGAUAAAAGACAAAGAAGGUUUAAACUCUGAUGAAGAGAAUUACCUUCAGAUGGUUUUGUUUCAAGCGACAGCCACGAUGCCGCCGGGACGCCAUGUAUGUAACCUAUGCCACAAAGAGUUCAAGCAUGCGCGGUGGCUCAAGCAACACAUGCGCUCGCACACAAACUGGAUCAAAGCUAACUGCAAGAAGCCACACUUGUGCCCGAUCUGUGAUAGGAUUUUUAAGGGUCCAGGUAUGUUGAAAAUGCACAUGCGCACGCACGAACAGCGUCCCGCGAAGCAACCGACUUGUUCCGUCUGUCAGCGGAUCUUCCCGAGCAAGACGUUGCUGUACCGCCACAGACAGACUCACUUCGAACAGAAGACUCACUUGUGUUCCGUGUGUGACAAGCGCUUCUACAGCGGGUACGCGCUGCGCUCGCACAUGGCGCGCCAUCGGGGCGAGCGGCCCUACAUCUGUACUACUUGCAACAAGAGCUUCUACAACCCUACUGACUUAAAGGUUCAUUUUCGUCUGCACACGGGCGAGAAGCCCCUGAAGUGCAACGAGUGCAACAAGACGUUCCGUCGUCACUCGACGCUGUGCCAACACAUGAAGAAGCACCGCGGCAUACGGAACCAUGUGUGCAAUGUAUGCAACAAGAGCUUCUAUGAAGUAUCCAAGCUCAACGCACAUAUGAGGAUCCAUACUGGAGAGAGGCCAUACGAGUGUCAGUUCUGCGACCGUCGUUUCGCGCAGAAGUCUGCACUGAUCUACCACAGCCGGACCCACACGGGGGAGAAGCCUUACUGCUGCAAGGUCUGCUCCGCCAGGUUCACCACCUCGUCCGCCAGGAACAACCACAUGCUCACACAUACUGGGAACAAGAAGUUCGUGUGUCCGAUCUGCCUGAAGGGCUGUACGUCCCGGUCCGAGCUCCGCGUCCACACGAGCAAGCACACCGGCGAGAAACUGUUCGCCUGCGACCACUGCGGACAGAGGUUCAGCUCCGCCUCCUACCUCGCCGUGCAUCGGCGGUACCAUACCGGGGAGAAGAAGUACCACUGUCCUGUCUGCGGGAAAGGUUACGUGGAGUCUAGUUCAUACAAGAAGCACGUGAAGUCCCACGGCGCGGCGGACAGUAAGCCAGACGGCAACGGCACCGACCUCGCGGAACGUACUGACGCACUGCCCGCGCCGGGGACUGACAUACAGUCUGCCGCCGCUGACGAUUCUAAUGAUGGACAGAACCAAGGUCAAGUGCAAAUCCAGGUGCAGGAGUCUCAGCAAGUAGUCCAGGUGCAGCAGUCUGCAGAGCGUCCGUUACAGAAGGUGUAUCGGUUCAAGUGUGGGUUCUGUCCCAAGACGUACAUGUAUCUACACAAUCUGAAGAAACAUACCGCGGUGCACUCGGACGAAAUGAGUCGCAACGCAGAACAAAUACUUAUAAUGCAGCAACCGCAGCAACAACAGCAACAACAACAGCAACAACAACAGCAACAGCAACAACAGCAGCAACAACAAGUGCAAGUACAACAACAACAGAUGCAACACCAGGUGCAACAACACCAAGUGCAACAACAGGUGCAGCAACAAGUGCAACAACAAGUCCAGCAACAAGUACAGCAACAGGUGCAACAACAGGUGCAGCAGCAAGUAGCAGCGCAGCAGUUGCAGCAGCAGGCCGUGUUGCAGGUGGGAGGCGUCCCGCAGCUGGCGCUACCGCUGCACGCGCAGCACGUGGCGCCCGGCCUCGUGUCCGGGGUGCACGGACAGAGCCAGCACCCGUACCCGGUGAUAUCAUCAGUGCAGUCUCUACAGCUGCAACAAAGUCAACAGGUUAACGCGCAACAGCCGCAGCAACUUCAAGUACAAACGAUACAGAUCCACCCGCAACAUCAGCCCAUACAGAUACAUGCUGUAGGCGUGCAGCAAGUCCAGCAACAACAGUUACACGUCGCCACCUCCUCCUGCCAGACCAUGCUGCCCAACAUACUGCAGUUACAGCCCGCGACGGUGGCAGUGUCAGGUCUGUCGCAGCAGGAGCUGGGCGGCGUCACGCACCGCAUCAUCCUGCAGCCGCAGCCCACCGCCGCGCACCCCGCCGUCUACACCAUACACCACUGACGGGGCGCCCGGGACGGGGCUACACUACACCACUGAAUACACACUAAACACACAAGGAAUAGACCCCAUUAACGCCUACUAUCAGGAGAUACUGAGAUAGUGGCCGAAUGCUGACCUAUUUUACAAUAAAAAGAAAGAAAUAAAGGCACGGAGUAGGUAUGAAUCCUGACACGAACGAUGCAUGGCCGGGUUUUGAAAUGAUGUCUUUCAUUUUAAACAUCAUUAUCUGGCCAUUCGUCUUGCUGGGAAAUGGCCGAAAUUAUAAUUAAUGAUUUUAAUCAACAAUUUUUGUGUUAAGACUCGUAUAGAUUCAGAGAUGAAUAGAUAUUAUUAAUUUCGGCCAUUAGUCAGUACCGUAAUAGGAAUCGAACUCCAAAGUGCCCAUUGAAAUUAAUUAAAUGGCGUAUUUUAUUCAUCUCACAAACUGUUCAAAGAUGUCCUAUACAUAUAUUGUACACUUGUUUAUAUAGUUUCAAUUUCUGUUUAUUUAAUACAUUUUAACAGCCACUUUCAGGCAAAGUAGUCCUUCCUGACCUAUAGUCCUUGCUAUAACAAUAUAAUAAAAUUAAUAAAUAAGCAUAAUCUUUUAUAAAUAUGAGAGUAAAAAUGGAGUGGUUUGUGUCAAAUCUUAAACAUUCAUAUCUGUAUAUAUAUAAUUCUUCUGUGAGUGUGUAUGUCACCGAACUUCUCUCAAACGACUGUACCGAUUCUGUUGAA